GUAGGAGCAAACAAUUUGAGGGUGAGAGAGGGGAAAGGGGGUAGGCUUUCUUUGAACAUCACAAUGCUAAGAUUUCUCUUUCUCCCUUUUGAGAACCCUCUGUUCUCAUACAUCUUUCAGGAGCAUUGAAGAUUUGUUGAGACGAGCAGUUAACGGGAGAGGUUGAAUUUCUGGGCUGCCGGAAAUUUCACCGUUGUUGAAAUAUGCAAUCACCUCCUGGUACUGCUUCGUCCGACAAAAAUGACACUACUUCCUCCUCUCCUUCUAAUUCCUCCCCAUCUCCGCCACCACCAUCUCCGCCUACCUCCCCACCCCCAGAAUCUCCUCCACCUGUAAAUUCUCCUCCACCCGCAAAGGAAUCUUCUCCUCCGUCAUCACCACCACCCUCAGCUUCUGAAUCACCACCACCUCCGUCAGAAUACACUACCACAUCACCCAAUGCUCCUGAUGAGGUGUCUCCUCCUACCUCAUCCAAAUUUAAUCCCCCACCCCCAGUUUCCUCAGGACCGCCUUCAUUAUCUGCUGGAAAAUUAUCUCCUCCUCCACCUUCAGAAAAAUCAGCACCUUUUGAAAAACCAGGCGGUGCACAACAUUCAGGCAAACCAGCAGCUGGUUCUUCAGGAAACAACAAUGGCUCGCCUUCGUCUAAUUCAGGUUCAUCUGAUAUGUUUAUAGUUGCUGGAAUAGCAGUGGCAGGAUUGAUGAUUUUUGCCACUAUCAUUGUUUGCUUAAUUUACUGGAGAAGGAAGAAGAAAGAACACUACUAUAUCAAUCCUCCUCCUAUUCCUCCCGGUCCUCCUAGACGUCCACCUAAAGGUGCAGGUAGUACUGAUCCAUACUACAAAGGUCCUAAGCCCAUGGAACACAUUGUUAAGGUUCCUACCACAGUUUAUACAAGUAGCGAUAGCACCUUUGCUGUUAAUGGCCAAGCUCUUGUGCCAUCUCCGAGUCUUGGUGGGUUCUCUAAGAGUCAGUUCACUUAUGAGGAGCUAGCUAGAGCGACUUCUGGAUUUUCAAAGGCCAAUUUGUUAGGCCAAGGUGGUUUUGGGUAUGUACAUAAAGGUGUUUUGGUUGAUGGAACGGUGGUAGCUGUCAAGAGUUUGAAGUCGGGCAGUGGACAAGGUGAACGAGAAUUUCAGGCAGAGGUUGAUAUCAUUAGCAGAGUUCAUCAUCGCCACCUUGUUUCUCUUGUUGGAUAUUGCAUUGCUGAUAGCCAGCGAAUGUUGGUCUAUGAGUAUGUUCCCAACAAAACCUUGGAAUUCCAUCUUCAUGGGAAGGGUCAUCGUGUUAUGGAUUGGGGAACAAGGCUUAAAAUUGCGUUGGGAUCAGCCAGAGGAUUAGCUUACCUCCAUGAAGAUUGCCAUCCUAAGAUUAUCCACCGUGAUAUAAAGGCUGCAAACAUUCUACUUGAGGACAACUUUGAAGCUAAGGUGGCAGAUUUUGGAUUGGCUAAGCUUUCUUCUGACAACUUUACUCAUGUCUCCACCCGUGUUAUGGGAACUUUCGGGUACAUGGCUCCUGAAUAUGCAUCAAGUGGCAAGCUAACAGACAGAUCAGAUGUGUUUUCAUUUGGAAUUGUGCUUUUGGAACUCAUAACUGGGAAGCGACCUAUUGAUCCUAGCAAUAUUAUGGAAGACAGUUUAGUAGACUGGGCUAGGCCGCUUCUUAAAACAGCCUUGGAAGAGGGAAAAUAUGACGAAUUGGUAGGUGCUCCUUUUGAAGGAAACAGUGUUCCAAAGGAGCUGCAUCGGCUAGUAGUCUGUGCUGCUGCUAGCACUCGUCAUUCUGCUAAAAGACGUCCAAAGAUGACUCAGAUUAUGCGAGCUUUGGAUGGCGAUUCAUCUUUGGAGGACAUGAGCGAUGGUGCAAAGACUGAUACCUACGAUACUGGUGCAUACAACGCUGACAUGGUCAAGUUUAGGAAAAUGAUAUCAAACCAAGAAUUCGAUAGCAGUGAAUAUGGAGGGACAAGUGACUAUGGACUCAACCCUUCCUCCUCGAGCGGUGAUUCCAAUGAGCUUGAUCAUCAUCAAAGAGGUAGAGGAUGAAUAGCUAACUAGCUGAAGACUUGAAGCUUGACAGGAUGAAUAGCUAACAUUUUGACUUCUUCCCUAGAACUGAUCCAAUUAAUGGAUCUUACUCUUUCGUGAUUUUGUCAAAUAAAUAUACAAAAUCAAAGGCAUAGCAGCAAAAUAUGCUUAUGUAUAUAUUA